AUGUCGUUCGAUUUUACUUCAAACAACCAAUACUUCCAGGUGGGAGUCAACCACGGUAAUAUUUAUACGUGUACCGACCCGAUUUCAGUCACUCAUUCGCUCAUUGCGGGUUUCAAACUACCUUUGUAUCAGGCUUUGAACAAAGCUGAAAGAUGCUUAGACAUGGUGCAGGGCGCAGCGUCUCAGAACAGCCAAAUUGUUGGGGCUGUGGAGCGCCUGCGUAGCCUUCUUCUGGAAAUCAGAGAAGUCGACUCUGAACAGUGGGGAUCUCUGGAAAACGGAGUUAAAACAGCUGUCUAUUCACUUCUGUACUGCUGCAUCGCAGAAUGCUACGACUUCAAAUCUACUCCGCUGGCGGUCUCGUCUCUACAUGAGCAACUCGACGCCUGCAACUUGGCUCUUCAAUGUGUGUAUGGCGCCACUGUUAGGGAUUAUGAUGACAGGGGGUGGGUAUUCAAACAACAGCAGAAAGUCAUGGAAGCCAGCGAGCAAGUGGAAAACAAAAGAGCCCAGUAUGCGAAGGAAUUGGAGCCACCCAGUCCGGCCAUAUAUCACUCUCAGGCAGUUCUUGAUCUUUUGAAGAGAAUUCAGGAACCCCAUCUUGCGGCAAGAUUUGAGGACAUGCGUGUGAGCUUCCGCGGGGAAAACCACGGUGUCCAAGCCGCAGAGUAUCAUGGGAGCAUACGCUUUACCUUUCCCUCUAGAUGA